UUGGCUGGCUUCUCCGUCGCUCUCUCCAUGCUCAUAUUUGGAGCUGCCUGGGCAGCCGGUGCCCAGGAAUUUCCCGUCAUGCCUCCCUGGGAGGCUGCUGGGCCUGUCACUUCGCUUGACCGCCGAGCGGAGGGGCCGGACGGGGCUUGUGCCUCCGGAGGCUUACGCAGCUGGACCUCUUUUCGCCUCUGCCUUCCUCUCCAUGCGCCUCCAGGUCUUCCUGCUGCUGCUCACCUCGUGCUUUCCGGCGGCCGCUGCGCUGGUAGCAGGGUCACGUAGGGAUAAAAAGACCUGUAAGGUGGUCUUCUCCCAACAGGAUUUGAAGAAGCGGCUGACACCCUUGCAGUACCAUGUUACUCAGGAAAAAGGGACUGAAAGUGCCUUUGAGGGAGAAUACACAUAUCACAAAGCUCAUGGAGUAUACAAAUGUGUGGUUUGCGGAACUCCUUUGUUCAACCAUCAACCAAUAGCUUCAGAUUCUUUGCUUCCUGCAUGUCCGGCUGAACUCCCAUUUACAGUCCUUUAG